CCAGGCAAUACGCUUGCAGGCAUGGCCUGGCUGCAAGUUUGGAGUUGCGAGAUUAUUACUGUUAUUGUUAUUGUUAUUAUUACUUUUUCCAGUUGCGCUCCUGGUUUUGCUGCGGCCGCUUUCUCGUUAGGAGCCUCUUUGCAAACUUGGGAGUCGAACCUCCCUGUGCAGGAACUGUCUACCGGAGCUGGAUUCGCCUAGCAUGGCUUCAGACGAAGGGUUGCUUAUUAACGUCAGCACGUUGCCUCUGCCCAGGCCCUGCCGCCCCCUUGCAGGACAGAGACCCCCCAACCCAAAAUGGGGGCGUGGGAAAAAGGCCUGGAAAAGAACAUUAGAAGGGGCACAGGAAGCCACUCCUGUAAAAAAGCAGCGCUCUUCUCCAGUGGCCCAGAACAAAAAGCCAUGGAAAAAACCCCAAACUCACAUCAAAGGAACUGGGCUACCAGUAUCAUCCCUGGAGAAACUUUCGUCUGAAGCCAGAGCAGGCGACAUUAACAAGAGACCUUUUGUAAAGACUUCCAGCCUUUUUAAAAACAAUCCAGAGAUCCCCCACAUUCAGAGAACUGCGGUGAAACAAGUUCAAGAGGAGAUUUUCACCUCAGAUUCCUUUGACCAGCUGGAUCUCCACCCUCACUUGAUUUCAACAAUAUCCUCAUCCUUGAAAAUAUCGAGCAUGACCAGUGUUCAGAAGGAGGCCAUUCCCAUGUUGCUACAAGGAAAGGAUGCUCUGAUCAGAUCACAGACAGGCUCAGGAAAGACACUUGCCUAUAGCAUCCCCCUCAUACAAUCCUUACAAAAACUGGAGCCCAAAAUCAAGCGUAGUGACGGACCAUAUGCCCUUAUCUUGGUUCCAACUAGAGAGCUAGUUCUACAGAGUUUUGAAACCCUCCAGAAGCUCUUAAAGCCAUUUACCUGGAUUGUGCCAGGAGUCUUGAUGGGGGGCGAAAAGAAGAAAUCGGAAAAAGCCAGAUUGCGCAAAGGAAUCAACAUCCUCGUGGCAACUCCUGGACGGUUGGUGGAUCACAUCACAUCUACCCAGUGCAUCCACUUCCGCUGUAUCCGGUGGCUGAUUCUGGAUGAGGCUGACAGAAUUUUGGAUCUGGGCUUUGAAAAGGCCGUGGCCGCGAUAUUAAACGCGGUCAAUGCAGCCAGCCCGAAACGGCAAAACGUUCUUUUGUCAGCCACACUUUCUGAAGGGGUCUCGAGACUAGCUCAUAUCAGCUUGCAAGACCCAGCCUGCAUUUCGGUGGCGUCAGAAGCCCUGGGUUCAAAUGCAUCACGGGAAAAAGACCACCUUCGGGAGGUUGUGGCCGUUCUUCCUGCCCAGGAACAGCGAGGCAGUUUUGCCGUGCCCGAAAAACUCCGUCAGAACGUGGUAGUGGUCCCAGGCAAGCUAAGACUAGUGACGUUGGCGGCUUUCCUGUUUGGGAAAUUCAAGUUCGAAAAACGCCACAAGAUGAUUGUUUUCUUCUCGAGCUGCGAGCAGGUGGAGUUUCACUACAUCCUCUUCCAAAAAGUGUUAUGUGAGGAGUCCGGGGGUGAAGGAUCAGGGUUAGCACCAGCCCCUCCUUCUCCGUUGACCUUUGCACGUUUGCACGGUGACAUGAAACAAGAGGAGAGAUCGUCCGUGUUCCAGGCUUUUCUGCAGUCAAAGACUGGGGUGUUACUCUGCACAGAUGUUGCUGCUCGCGGUUUAGAUCUCCCUCAAGUCACCUGGAUUGUGCAGUAUAAUCCACCAGCUUCGCUCGCUGAAUACAUCCACCGAGUCGGGAGGACAGCCCGAAUUGGCAGCCCUGGAAACAGCCUGCUCAUCCUUUUACCUUCAGAGGCCGAAUAUGUCAGCUUUCUGGCUUCCUACAAGAUUAACAUUGCAGAGAUAAAAAUGGAAGAGAUUUUGUCCAACUUAAUGAAAGAUGACCGUUUCAAAGGAAACCAGGGGAGGUACCAGAAGAGCCAGCAGGGCGAGGUCCAGGAAAUACACCGAAGAGCCACCGUGAUGCAGACCGAAUUUGAGGAUUUUGUCCACUCCAGCGCUAAAACCCUCCGAUGGGGCAAAAAAGCCCUGCAGUCCUUCAUUCGCUCGUACGCCACCUACCCCGCCACCCUCAAGCCCAUCUUCCACAUCCGGGCUCUGCACUUGGGUCACGUGGCCAAGAGUUUUGGGCUCCGCGACGCUCCUGGGAAUCUCGGCGCUGCUGCUGGAGCCUCGCGGCCGGGAAAGCAGCAGAAAAGGCGUGACCUUCUCAGGAAGACUCAGGUCAAACCUCACCUCAGUUUUGCCUUUGAAUAUUCGAGUGGUUUGGACCCCUCAGCUUUGAAGGGGAAGAGGAAAAAAGGGCGAAGGAAAUUGGGAGAGCAGAAUUCUCCCAGCUGAUCUGGAGCUCUCGAUGGCUUGUGGACAGGAUUGGGAAACGGCUGGAACAAGAAGGAAGACACAACCUCGGGAAUGUGCCCUUUCCGAUCUAGAAGAGGAAACCAGGUUCCACCAGGAAUACCCCCUCCCUUCCUGGUCUAGAAGAGAAGAUCAACCAGGUUCGGCCAGGAACGUGCCUUUUCCUCCUGAUCUAGAACAGACCAACCAGGUUCAACCAGAAUGUCCCCUUCCUGGUUUAGAAGGAAAAAAAAAUACCCUAACCAGGUUCAAUCGGAAAUGUCCCCCUUUCCUCUUGAUCUAGAAGAACAGACUAACCAGGUUCAACCAGAAAUGGCCCCUUCCUCUUGAUCUAGAAGAGACCAACCAGGUUCAAUCAGAAAUGUGUGUCUCUCUCCUGAUCUAGAAGAACAGACCAACCAGGUUCAACCAGAAAUGUCCCCUUCUUGAUCUAGAAGAACAGACCAACCAGGUUCAACCAGAAAUGUCCCCUUCUUGAUCUAGAAGAACAGUCCAACCAGGUUCAACCAGAAAUGUCCCCUUCUUGAUCUAGAAGAACAGACCAACCAGGUUCAACCAGAAAUGUCCCUUCCUGAUCUAGAAGACCAACCAGGUUCCACCAGGAACGUUCUCUUCCUCCCUGAUCCAGAAGAGAAGGCCAACCAGGUUCCACCAGGGUUAAUCCGUCCUUCAAUUAAAGACAUAUUGACAAUAAGGCAUCUUUCAGCUCAAAUUGCUUUUCAGCAGGGAGAAAAAAGAUCUUGAGGUACUUUGGUGAAGAUUUGGGGAAACUCUGCCAGCAGGAAAAAACCAAAUCACCAGCAAUGAUCUGUUUAUCAACCAUGGCAAAAAGAGGCCAUAAAAUCAGGCACGGCUCUCUUCCCGACUGCCUCGUUUAGCAACACAAAUCCCAGUUCUAGUCAUUAGUCAAGGACUGCCUUGCAGAACCCGAUUCCUCUUUAAAACCAGGGGAACUUUUCAGCUUUUGAAGGAAGCAAAUCUUGGCUCCCUCCUACGUCAAGAGACAUUUUGUAAAAGGAUGGCCCAAGCAGUUUUAAUUUGGGCUGAAUUUUCACCUUGCUUUCCUGCUUAGAAGGAAAGUUAAUUUUUUCAAAUCUGGAGUGUAAACUUUGUGAAAGGAGAUGCCUUUCAAAUCUCAAAAGUUACACAAGAGAUACCCACACACACGUACGCACACCGAGCUUGCUUUUGGGUGGUUUAAUUCAAGGAGUUGUGCACAAACCACCCAGGGCUGCUUCUGGCAAGGCUCUAUAAAAUUUGAUAAAUAAAUAAAACAGAAGGAGGCUUUGCAGGAAAGACUCCAGCCAGUUUUCAGCCUCUCCUGCUGAAAAUAUCCUGAGCAGUCCCGAGUAACGCAGCAAAGCUCACGUCAGAAUUCAGAAUAAAUCUAACGUUUUCUGUUUGUUUCUGAACGAAACGCAGGCAGUCUGGAGGAGAAAAAGAAGAGCCUUUGGCAGAGCUGAAAUGUCAUUCCAACAUCGGAAGGUAUUAAUCUCGAUUUUGACAAAUCAACAUUUUCUAAGCGCAUUUAUAAAGUUCCCUCUGAAAACCUACCACUUGCCUGCCUUUAAUGUGGUUCUUUGUUCCAGUUUUAAGUGACAUUGGCAACUUGGGUUUUACUCGUUGAGGCGAUAGCAUCUCGGCUACGAAGCUGUAAGGCUGUCUUUCCGAAUAAAACAAAACAUUGUUUUAACAUGCCA